GAGAACCGCGUCCCUGGGAGGGUCUGGGUAUCACUGGUGUUCAAGACUCCACUAAUUCUCUUUGGAACUGUUUUUAAAAUGCCUAAAGUGAAAAAGGUUCCCAAAUCCAAAAAGGUGGCUCCAGCCCCUUACACAACAUCAAAACCACCUCCGAAAAAGGUUGCUAACCCUCUUUACGAAAAACGACCUAAGAACUUUGGCAUUGGAGCUGAUAUCCAGCCAAAAAGAGAUUUGAGUCGCUUUGUAAGGUGGCCAAAGUACAUCAGACUUCAAAGGCAAAGAGCUGUUUUGUAUCAACGUCUCAAAGUUCCCCCCUCUAUCAAUCAGUUUACACAAACAUUGGACAAGCAGACAGCAACACAGUUGUUUAAAUUGCUUCACAAGAUACGGCCAGAGACUAAAGCAGAAAAGAAAGCUCGUCUCACAGCUAAAGCAGAGAAAAAGGCCCAGGGAAAAGAUGACACUCCUGGCAAGAAGCCUGUGACUGUAAAAUAUGGGAUCAACCAUGUCACCCAGCUUGUUGAGGAAAAGAAAGCACAACUAGUUGUAAUUGCACAUGAUGUUGACCCAAUUGAGAUAGUUGUAUGGCUACCUGCCCUGUGCAGAAAGAUGAAUGUGCCCUACUGUAUUGUCAAGGGAAAAGCCAGACUUGGUAAAGUUGUGCACAAAAAGACAGCAACAGCACUGUGCAUUACAACGGUUAAGGCUGAGGAUAAGCAUACUCUCAACACCCUUGUUGAGGCUGUCAAGACUAACUACAAUGACCGUGCCGAUGAAAUCAGACGUCAUUGGGGUGGUGGAAUUAUGGGUGUUAAAUCCCAGGCCGUCACAGAAAGAUUGGAACGAGCCAAGUUGAAGGAAGUUAAAAUGGCAUAACCUGUUAACGGUAAUGGUGGUAAUAAAUGAAUCAUGGAAACUA